AUGCUAAAUGGUGAUGGACAUUUGCAUCUGGAUAAACUAAAAUCAAAAUUGAAACAGGAUGAAUCGUAUUCGUGUAAACGUUCUUUGUCGGCAACAAAAAUGGACUUUGACGAGAUAUUUGAGGAAACAUCGAGUUUUAGGCAUCAUCAAAAACGUUUAUCAGAAGCCGAUUUAAUGCUGCUCCGACUUGUGACCAGCUAUAAUGAUAAUGAAAUAUAUAAAUUACAUCAAAUUUUCGCAUUACACGUACCAGAAGGAAAAUUAAAUGAAAAUGCUUUCACGAACGUUAUCGCUUUAAUGAUUGACUUCGUCGAGCUUGUCCUUACGCUUUACACGUGUCUCGACGCUACACCAGUUGAGAAAAUAUCGUUUUUAUUUGAUGUUGUUGAUGUUGUUAAAAAACAUAAAGGUUUAAAUAUAAGCGAAAUGAUUAUUUUAUUAAAAUUAUUUAAUUAUAAUUCAAAUAUUAGCUCAGAUAAAUUAAGAUUAAUGGCUGAAAAAUGUUUUCAAAAAUUUAAAUUAAAUAUAAAAACUGGACGUUUGACAAAAUUACAGGCAGUUGAAAGUGUAUUGGGUGAAGAAGUAUUACAACAAUAUUACGAAUUAUUGGAAGCCGAUAGUGGUGAUGAACGAAUAAACUUUAAAUUUUAA